UAUACGCUUUAUCACAGUGUGGUACCUGGGACAUGAAUGAGGCUUGUUAAUGUUUAAAUGAUUAAUACAUUGCAGGGGUGUACAGGUUUUGUAAGGGUUUGCAGUACAUUGCAUCUGACGACUGUGCCAACAAGGAUGAUAACCAGAGGAGAUACUUAGGAUGUGCAUGUCAGACAAGAAGCAUCAUGCAGUCAGAACAGCAUUAAGAGAGGGUCACUAACGAUGAUGCACUUGAGGAAGUGGUGUGUGUGUGUGUGUGUGUGUGUGAUGGGCAUUGGACAGAUAAAUCGUCGUAACACCCUUUGUGAGGCUCAUAGCAGAGACACACCAGCUCAGAGAUCAGAGGAAAUGGCAAAGCUGCACAACCCAACAGUGGGACUACUGCUGACUGUGCUGCUGCUACUGCAAGGUACCAGAGGAGACUUCAUCUCUGUGUUCUCCAGUGCAGGAGGAGCUGUCACUCUGCCAUGUAAUAAUGUGAUGAUCUUAUUCCCACGCUGUUCAUCAACUACAUGGACCUACAACAAGAAUAAGGUUACUGUGGAGGAAGUCAAAUUUGGAAGGGUCCGACCAGGGAUCACCCGCAGAUCUGAGAGACUGAGUCUGCUUCGUAACUGCUCUCUCCACAUCACGAAUGUCACCAGUGAGGAUGCUGGACUCUACACCUGUCAGCAGUAUGAAAAAGGCAAUAAAAGCAGAGAGGAUGCGCAAGUCUACCACUCAGUUAUUCACAUUACUAAGAAAGAGUCAGGCAGUGAGGUGACCCUGGACUGCCACCUGCACACCUAUGAAAACUUUCAGAGUUUAGUUUAUAACACAAACACACUUCUGAGCUGGGUGGACGAGGCAGGCCUUGACCUGCAGAACACAGACGACCUCCAGGUCAGACAAAAAUUCCCCUCGUACACCACACUGACUGGGAAGCUCAGAGCUCUAAGUCCUACUCUCACUCCAAGGACUUGGACAUGCCAGCUGACUGCAGGAGGGCAAGUUCAGACCUCUGCCACCUACACUAUCGAUGAACCAGUAAAACCAGCACGAACCACAGCGGUGACGAGAAGACCAGCACCAUCACCACUUUCAUCAGCAGCAGCAGCAGCACCUCCACCAGAGGCAACAACAGCAGCAGCACCACCACCACUACCAGCAGGAGCUACCACGGCCCCCGUGUGUGUGUGUAUGUUUUCCGUAGAGAUCCCCAUCAGACUCAGUAUCUUCUUCAUGGUGCUGAUUGUACCUGGACUCAUUGGAACUGUUCAUUUAAUGAGGAGGAGGAAGCAAACAAGUAGAGAGGCAUCCCCAGCCAUUGAGCUGCAGGUGCUGAAUUAACAUGGUGCUCUCAGGAUGACGCACUCUCUCCAGACCCAGUCUAUGGUAUUUCUACAUGCUUAAUGUGUAUUCCUUCAUCAGGGGAGAAAUCUGCCCUGGACAAUUCAAGUCAAGUCACUUUUAUAUUAUAGCGCAUUUUUGUAUGCACAGAGUGCAACCCAAAGCUGCCCUUCUCCUUAUUCUCCCAGGUGGCGAUGGAUCCAUCUGCAGAAUUUGAUCUCUUUAUUCUAUGUAGUACUUAUUGCUGCACUCACAUGUCCUGUCCUCAUCACACUGUAGCUUGAUAGUUCCCCUUGUUGUAAGUUGCUUCGGAUGAAUAUGUUAGCUAAAUUACUGAAUCUAUGUAUGUAUAUCCCUUGGGGAUCAAUAAAGUAUCUAUCUAUCUGUAUAUAU